AUGGCGCUCUGGUUGACUGUGGUCAUUGCUCUCACCUGCUUUGGUGGCUUCGCCUCCCUGGGCCCUGUGCCUCCCUCUACAGCCCUCAAGGAGCUCAUUGAAGAGCUGGUCAAUAUCACCCAGAACCAGAAGGCACCCCUGUGCAAUGGCAGCAUGGUGUGGAGUGUCAACCUGACAGCCAACAUGUACUGUGCGGCCCUGGAAGCCCUGAUCAACGUCUCCAACUGCAGUGCCAUCCAAAGGACCCAGAGGAUGCUGAGCGCACUCUGUCUUCACAAGCCCUCAGCUGGGGUUUCCAGCGAUCACAUCCGAGACACCAAAAUUGAAGUGGCCCACUUCUUAAAAGACCUGCUCAAACAUUCAAGGAACAUUUUUCGCUAUGGAAAAUUCAGCUGA